CCUAAUAGAGUAAAAAUUUUCAAAGCUUAAUAUAAAAAACGUACUACUUGACCAAAUGUUCACCUAAAAUUUGGAAAGAGCACUAAACAACACAUCUGUUUUGUUCUUCCAGGCUUUGUGGUGUACCCGAAGCUUCUGGAAAGCAGGGCAGAGGAUGGCCGUCUUAUUUUGCAAGUUCAUCCUGGUCUGAUCCUAACUCUCGAAAGGAGCUCUAUAUUUACAAAGCAUUUACAUUUUAUCUCAUUUGAACAUUCCACCACAACUAUAUUCAACGGAGAAGAGCUCGAACGAAACUUGUAUCAAGAUACCACGCAUAUGUCAUCUCUCAUUGUGGACCGAAUGCAGAGUGGCAUGCAAGUGCACGGAAUUCUCAAUCAUAACCUCAAGAUCGUGCCACUCGCGGUGGCGAGCCGAUCAAGUGAUGGGAGCUCUGCACAUGAAAUCACCGAAAUUCCACAUAAGUCCACAAACACGGCUGCUAAAAAUAACACAAAAUAUGCUCACGAUCCCUACAAGCAGUCCUGCGACCCUGUAAACAUUACCAAGAAAGGAAAGGAAAAGACUCCACCUGUUGUAUUUCGUGUGGAAGUAUGCAUUGUGGUCAGCCGGAAGUAUACAAGUGCGUUUAACACAACAGAGAAACUUCUCCAUUAUCUUGCGGCCAUGCUUAAUGGGGUGGCAAUGCGAUACAUUGAAAUGGAAUGUCCACAAAUACGGUUUCAAUUAAACAAAGUUUGGGAAGUUAAGGACGAAUUUCUUUUGGGGGACAAAGUCUGCGGCUUACCUGCAACUAUACAAAUACACGGCGAUAACGACACUGUCUGCCGCUUUGAUGCUGUAAAGACAUUCAACAAGACCAGAGACUACAUAAGCCAAUGUGUUACUGCAGAGUGCGACGUUGUUUACCUUUUGACCAGAGAGGACCUCGCAUACUGUAAGGGUGGUAAAUGCAAUAUUGACGUCACAGGUAUCGCUGAAAGAGCUGGAAUUUGCACGGUGGAGAACUUCGCUAUCGGAGAAGACGAACCGCGCACAUAUAACGGAUUAAUAACGAUGGCUCAUGAACUUGGGCAUUCUCUGGGCUCCGAUCAUGACAGUUGUGAAGAUGCAAAGGACUGUCCUGCUAGUUAUGGAAACUUGAUGACAAGCAUAAAUACGGACAUGCGAAAUAAAUCAAGGCUGUCGCAGUGCAGCCAACGACAAAUACGUUCGAGGGUGUGAGGGAAUGUGACAUCAAGUGCUGCUGGAAUAAGACAGUAAGAACAGAAAAUCGUGGCAGCUUUAGUAGUUCCGAGACUAAACUUACGGAAUAUCAAGAGACUACAACUGAAGAGAGUUACGAUUAUUACUACGACGACGGUCCAUCUUCUGGAUAUCACAGCAUGCUGGAUGGAAUGCCAUGCAGCGAGAAUAAGACAUGCUACAGAGGUAUUUGCGGCACUCACAACUGGAGUUUGAUAAAGCGGGACUAUGGCACUUACCGGACGUUUCUAAACAUUUCAUGAUCUUUGUUUCCUUAAAUCGAGGAUUGUGUAAUUCUAUCGGAAAGUAGUAAACACCCUUUCAUUUCCCAGGAUACACAUUGAUUUCAACAUCACUAAUUUUAUGAUAAGGAAUGCGGGCAAGAAAUAUUGCAGCGCAGCCUGCCUGUACGAAGGUGAAAGAUUUCAUUUUCAAGCAAAGGUUUCGUAUUAGUUCAGCACUGUUACGUCCGUCCCAUAUAGAUGAUGUCGAUAAAGGAUACUGCACUAAUAUUGAAAAAAAAGAACACCGCAAUCAAUGCCACACUGCUUUGCUCCAUAUUAAGCAAGUUUAUUGUUUGAAUGUAAUGAUUUUAUUUUUUGUAAAUCAACUGGAAUGAUUAAAAUAUAGUGAUAAUAAUAUUUAUUAGUAAUUUUAUAUUACAAGACACUCAUACUUUCUUCAAGUUGUUCACAGUCAUAUGUAUUCCACUGCUUGAACUCACCUGAGUGGUGUGGAAUGGCACAAUUUCAAUAGAAUAAUAAUGGAGCAUAUUAAUCUAACCUGUGCAGUAAAAGUUCCUGAGUAUUUAUAAAUAUCGUUUUCU